AUGGCACUUCAGAGCUGCUCCUGGUUGACAAUCAUUCUAUGCUUUGCGCAUAUCAACGCAGUACCCAUAAAGCCUACAUGCGGACUACAGAGAAGAUUGGUAGACCAAUCCUAUAGCCUUCUGGACAGCGUGGGUGGUCGCUUUCCUGUGGAGUGCCUUGAUCACUAUCGUCAGAUUACGUUCCCAUCCUCUGCAUUUAACACCUCUGAGGCUGCAGAUAAUGCUGGUGCAGAGAAGAUGGCUUAUGAAACUCUCAAAUUGAUCGACACUUUGUUUGCGAAUGACUCUAUGCCGACCAGCUGGAACAACAACCUGGAGAAUUUUCAGAGUUUAAUUUAUCGUCAGAUUGAGGAGAGCAGAUGUAUUAUGAGCAAAACUCAUUCGUCCCUGGAUGAUUUCCAGGAUAGAAAUACUGCACUGAAAACGUUCUUUGACAAAAUAGCAAACAUUUUGACAGAGAAGGAAUCCAGUAUUUGUGCGUGGGAGGUGGUUCGACAACAGAUAUUGUCCACACUCAGAUUUAUUCUCCAGAGCUCCAACUACCUUUUAUAG